AUGCAUGAGUUCUCCUUGCUAUCUCGCUUGAGAAGAGUGGUUGCAUACUCGGACCUUCGAAAUCUCCUCGGGGAUUUGACAAGGCGAUGCACCCUCGGGAUAUUGUUCGUGGCUCCUUCACGAUGUGCGCGGCCAGAACCAGCUGCUCCAUGUGUGUUGGUGAUUAUGGUUGCGCUGACAGCGUCCGUCCGCAUGAAGCGAGAGGACCGACGAGAAAACGACAGUCGGUUACGUAUCUUGCUCGCAAAAACAAGAUUCCCCCACGCAACCAGUCAACUCAACGUUCACCACUGGCGUGCGAUGCUCCACCACCAUGACAUUCGAAGCAUGGGAGACCGCCUAUCGACGGCACGGGACUUGUGCAUCGCGUCGAACUACGACAAGGGCAUUGGCUUGUACCAGGACGUUCUAACCCAACUCAAGCCAGCGAUUAAAAGGGUGUCGCAGGCCAGAGAACGCCAAGAUUGGUUGCAGGUGCAGAGUGACUUGGAAAGCGAGCUGGGAGCCAUGAUGGACUACGCCGAAGCCUUGCACAGCCUCAAACUCAACGCGCCAGGGCAAAACGGUCGCAGGCCACGGUCGAGCACGCCAUCGGAUCGUCCCAAGUCUGGCGAUCGAUGGCAAAUUGUCGACGGCAAGCGCGAACAUGACCAGCCCGAUCGCGAAGUGUGGGCGCCACCUUCACCUGACUCUGGGCGAGGUGGCCGACGAGGUGUCGCGCCAAAUUGGGCCGACAAGCAAAAGAACAACAACAACGGCCGCGUGAAAGCGACGCCGCCUGCUCGUCUGGCAAACCGCGCGGAGAAAGGUAACUACGUGGACAACCGCAAGCAACCGGCGGCAGUGAAUGGCCGCGGUGGCCCCACGCCGCGAAAAGCCCCCACUGGGCAGCAAGUGACUCCCUCCAAAGACAAAGUCAAGAAAACACCGGACGGCGAAAAGCCCAAGUACUCGGAGCUUGCCCGCGAGAACGGGUGGUGCGACGUCGAACUCAUCGAAGGCAUCGAGCGAGAUAUCGUCGACACGGGGCCCAAGAUCACGUUCGACGACAUCGCGGGGCUCGAACACACGAAGGAGCUUCUUCAAGAAGCCGUCAUGUUGCCUCAAAUCGCGCCGCACCUCUUCAAAGACGGCCGCCUCAAACCAUGCAACGGCGUUCUGAUGUUUGGUCCCCCCGGCACGGGCAAGACGCUGCUGGCGAAAGCAGUGGCGAACGUGUGCAACUCGACCUUCUUCAACGUGUCGGCGUCGACGCUCGCGUCCAAGUACCGUGGCGAGUCCGAGAAGAUGGUUCGCAUCUUGUUUGAAAUGGCGCGGUACUACUCGCCGGCAAUCAUCUUCAUGGACGAAAUCGACGCGAUUGCGGGCGCCCGCGGCGGCGCCGAAGAGCACGAGUCGUCCCGACGGGUCAAGACAGAGUUACUUGUGCAGAUCAACGGCGUCGGGUCGGGUGAAAAGUCCGACGUUGAAAACAACCGCGUGAUGGUGCUGGCUGCGACCAAUUUGCCGUGGCAGAUCGACGAAGCGAUGCGGCGCCGCCUCACAAAGCGAGUGUACAUUCCACUGCCAGACAUCCAUGGUCGUCGUGCGCUGUUCAACUUGAAUCUCAAACGAGUGGAUGUGGCGCCUGACGUCGACUACGACCGCCUUGCGACGCAAACCGAGGGCUACAGUGGCGACGACAUUUGUGGUGUCUGCGAGACAGCCAAGAUGUUUCCAGUCAAGAGGUUGUACACGCCCGAGUUUAUGAAAGAGCUGGCGCUGAAGAAGACGCAAGGGUUUGGCGAAGAUGAGAUCAAAGCCAUGGAGAAGAAUGGGCUCGUGGUCACGAUGAACGAUAUUGUCAUGGCCCUCGAGAACGUGUCCAAGUCGGUGGGUCAAGACCAGCUCGUGCGGUUCCAGAAGUGGGAGGAAGAGUUUGGAUCCAGGUAG